AUGGAUCUGCAGCACCAGCCCCGCCGCCCCCCCCCCCCCCCAUUCUCCUCCUUCCCCCUGCUGUGGGUGCAGCAGUGGGGGGGAGGGGAUCUGCAGCACCAGCCCCCUCCGCCCCCCCCCCCCCCCCUUUCUCCUCCAUCCCCCUACUGCGGGUGCAGCAGUGGGGGGGGGUAUGGGGGUGGUGGGAUCUUGGAGGUUCAAAGGGUGGCAGAAAGGGAUCUGCAGCACCAGCCCCCCCCAGCCCCCCCCCCCCUUUUUUUCUCCUCCAUUCCCCUGCUGCGGGUGCAGCAGUGGGGGGAGGGGAUCUGCAGCACCAGCCCCCCCCUGCCCCCCCCCUUCUCCUCCAUCCCCCUGCUGCGGAUGCAGCAGUGGGGGAGGGGAUCUGCAGCACCAGUCCCCCCCGCCCCCCCCCCCCUCUUCUCCUCCAUCCCUGGGGGGUGGCGGAUAGUGGAGCAGCAGUGGGGGGGGAGGGGAUCUGCAGCACCAGCCCCCCCCCCCCCCUUUCUCCUCUCUCCCUCUGCUGCGGGUGCAGCAGUAGGGGGAGGGGAUCUGCAGCACCAGCCCCCCCCCCGCCCCCCCCCCCCCCCCCUCUUCUCCUCCAUUCCCCUGCUGCGAGUGUGGCAGUGGGGGGGAGGGGAUCUGCAGCACCAGCCCCCCUCUCCCGCCCAGCGCGCUGCCUGCACGUUGCGCAAGCGGCUUGCAUUGCCCGCACGCUGCCCUGCGCCGCCGGCAAGCGCCCUGCGCGCCCAGCUGUCCUGCACGCCCCGCGCACCCUGCUGCCCUGCUGCCCUGUGCGCCCUGCGCGCCCUGCAGCCCUGCGCGCCACGCGCGCCCUGCUGUCUUGUGCGCCCCGUGCGCCCUGCUGCCCUCUGCACGCGCAUCUGCAGCCCCAUGCACAGCCCCUUCUCCUCCCUCUCCUUGCUGCACGUGCAGCAGUUGGGGUGGGGAGGGGAGGAGCAGCCCCCCCCUCCUCUCUCUCCUCACUGCUGCUGUUGCUGUUGUGCGGGGGGAGGUUGA